AAAAACGGGUGUUGGUUGAUAAGAUACGUCGACGUAUUAAAGUGAUUCAAACGCUUAUUUCGGGAGUAUUGGUCUAAAUUUUUUAUAAUUAUUGUUUUAAAUUAACCGCUAUAAGAGUGCACAACAUAAUUAAUAAUGGGUUUAACAAUAUCUAGUGUUUUCACAAAACUGUUCGGUAAAAAACAGAUGCGUAUCCUUAUGGUCGGUCUUGAUGCUGCUGGCAAAACAACGAUACUCUACAAGUUAAAAUUGGGUGAAAUAGUCACUACUAUUCCAACAAUCGGUUUUAAUGUGGAGACAGUUGAGUACAAAAAUAUAAGCUUUACCGUAUGGGACGUCGGUGGUCAGGAUAAAAUCAGACCGUUGUGGCGUCAUUACUAUCAGAAUACCCAAGGACUUAUCUUUGUUGUGGAUUCUAGUGAUACUAAAAGAAUAGCAGAAGCUGAAAAUGAACUCGCAAAUAUGCUGAAAGAAGAUGAAUUAAGAGAUGCUGUAAUUUUAGUGUUCGCAAAUAAACAAGACAUGCCCAAUGCCAUGACAGCAGCUGAACUAACAAACGCUCUUAAUUUAAAUAACCUAAGGAAUCGUCGUUGGUAUAUACAAGCUACAUGUGCAACACAAGGGCAAGGACUCUACGAGGGACUAGACUGGCUAUCAAAUGAAUUAGCGAAGAAGUGAGACAUAACAUAACAAACAGUUAUUGGGAAAGAAAAUGUACAUUCCCUCAUUGACUGACAAAUUCUAAUAUGAUGUGAAUUUUAAAUAAUCUUUAUUGAAUUGAAAAGACUAAAAAAUUCCUAAUAAGUAAAUAUAGUUUCUCUGAGAACUUGUCCAGAAGCCUUAUAAUUUGAAAAUCUGUUUAUUGCACAAAUAUGCAACUGGCUGUUAACCAACAAGCAUAUAAAAUAUUAGGGUAAGAAUAGCUACUCAUCUGUGGUAGUUGAUAAACUUAAUGCUUUCCUGCUUCUGGACAGGGUCUGAGGUAUAAUUCAAUCACUUUCAAACCUAUUAUUUAUAUGGUAUUUAUCAUAUUAUGAUAUGGAAACCUGUUUAAUUAUUUAGGUCUUUUUUUUAUGAUUAUUAAGAGAUGUAAUUUUUGUGAUGUGCAUUUCUAAGGGGCUUUCAUUCAAUUAAAUGACGUAGCUAGACUGAGUGAGGCAGAUGAAGCAAGAAAAAAAUAACUUACGAAAAUUGCAAUAACAUUCUCUAUCAAUAUUAGUCAAAUGAUUUGCAGUUCAUUAAUUUAUUUUCAUUCAUUGGAUGACAAUUAUCAUCCCAGGCAACAUCUGUGCUAGCUACAUCACUAAUCCUAUUGUUAGUCUAUAUUAUAAAAUGUUUGCAAGUUAGUAUAACAAUGGUUUAUUUAACUAUAUGCAUCUUUUAACUUUGUGAAUUUUUCAAUUUUUUAAGCACAACAAAUAAUCUCCACACUAAAACUAAUGAAAUGAUCAGUAUGUCUGUGUAAAUGACAAUAAUAGUUUGUUCAACAGCUUAUAUUUAUCUUUAAAUUGUUACAUUUAAUAUGUACAAUUAUUAUUUAGUAUCUAGUUUGAUGAUUGUGGUCCUUUUCUUUAAGUUAAAGUAUAUUUAUAAAAUUGGUCAUAUGGCAUUGCCUUUAAAAAAAUUACAAACAUUAUCUUAGUAUUGUAACAAUCGGUGUAUAUAUAAUAUAUAAAUCCUAUCAGCCAAAAAUAUUUUAAUAUCAUAAUGUGACUCGCAUGUUUGAUGCUUUUAGUUCAUGCUUGUGAGAUGCAAUAAGGUUUAUAAUAAAUAAAUGAUAGGAGUAAUAGAGAACUUUUUUAUUUACCCUUAUAUAAUAAUCUUUAGUUAUACAUUAUAUAUUUUUGCAGAAUAUGUUCAAAAAUUUGGUUUAUAAAUUACAUGGUUUUAUGGCUCCACUCAGCUUUUCUUUUUUCUACAAAACUUUUUAUUCCUUCUUGGCCGUCAUUACUUUGUAUGUUAUGAACCAUUACGUCUUCCCCUACUUGAUAUGCUUCAAGCAAUCCUAAUUCAAUUUGUUUGUAAAAAAAUUGUUUUCCUAAUGCUAUCACGCUACGGCUUUUCAAUUUGAUCUUAUCAAUGAUCUUUUCCACCUCUUGAUCAAGUUGUUCUACUGGAACUACUUUAGUCACCAACCCAUUUUCGUAAGCUUCUUGAGCAUUGAUAGGUUCACCUAGAAAUUAAGCAAUAAAUCUCUGAGCGUUUACAUAUA